AGGCCGGAGCAUUACGCACUCUGUACGCAGCGCUGAAGUAGACCUGCACCAAAGCAGCAGAUUCCUCUGAUAUUCGGGUCUCACAAAGCUUUGAGAGAAGGUUGAGCUGAAACCUGAUCUGGUCCCAGAUUUACAAGCUGUCAGAGAGAAAUCUGUACUGCAGUGUAAAGGAGUGGCUCUGUCAUGACUGCAAGGAUCCAGGUAGCGACAGGCCGGGGCAAACCAGUGCCAAAGAGCCGAGCAACAGAGAUGAUGGUGAGGGUCAGGAGAUCGCUGUGGCUGGUACUGGGCAUGCUCAGUCUGUCCCUGCUGCUGGUGGUGCUGGGGGUCUACUCAACGACCCGAACAGAGAGCCUGAAUGUUACUGGCUACACCUCUGGAGUGAUUCUGACCCUUGGAUCGUUCCUGGGACUUCUGGGACUCCGCCUGGAAGAAAACCGCAAACAGCUGCUGACGGCUGCGAUCAUAUUCCUCAGCUUUGGGAUCAUCACCUCUUUUGUGUGCCUGUUGAUUGAUGGCAUCUGUAUUGUCUUAAACAUGGACACACGUCCACUGAAAGCAGGGCGAUGUCAGUAUUACAGCAGUGGCAGCGGCUACAUCUAUGAGAAUUUCUUCACCUCUGUGUCGUGUUGGAAUCUAAAUGAGUCUUGUAGCAUGGCAGUACGAAGUGGGACCUGCUACUGCUGCGACCUGUAUGACUGCGCCAACGGAGGUUACCUCAGCAACUACUAUGAGUUUGUUGGAGUACGAAGCUGUGAGGAAGUUUUCACUCUGUACAUUUUAAUUUGGACCCUCACCGGCCUGAACCUCGUGGCCUUCUUCACAGGCAUCCUUACCACAGCAGUGCUGGGCAGCAUCAAGGACUUGAAGAGUAGGAACCCUCCUGAGCCUUCUGAGAGCACGGCAUCUUCCCCUACAGCUCCUCUGCUGAUGGAUGCCAACACACACACAGUUCACCAGCUCCACCCAGGGGCCUCGAUGUAUUUCCCUCCAGCAGAAGGGACCGCUGCCUCACAGAGUUUUCCUUCAUCAUCGACUCCUCAGACAACCAACUUGCCUCCCUUCGCCCCGAUGACCAGCCUGCUGCCGUACAGAAUCCAUGGCCUUUCCGCCUGAGCACCGCUGGCAGCAUUUUACCAGAAAACGACCAAACCACAUAUGCAGAAAGAACAUAAAGGAAUAAACAUAUGCUUUAUUAUUAUUAUUUUUAUUAUUAUUAUUAAUGAUGUUGUUGUGAGGAAAGGAGGAAGAAAGAUUUGCUGGUCUGAAUAUUAUGCAGAAAUAUGAAGAUUUUGUUUUCUAAAAAUCCAAAAGCGGAUGUGAAAGAUUUCAUGGAAAGUGCUUCCUGCUAUUUUCAAAUGUAUGCAAAGAUUAUAACAUAUUUUACUGUAUUUUGCUCAAAAACAUAAAGGACUUAAAUUGUUAAAUGUUUGUAAAUGAAAUGUUAUGUAAUAUAAAUGUGUGGACUGCAUGUGUAUAAGAGGGCGUCAAGGCUAUAACUCAAACUUUCACAAACAUUAGUGAAACUAUAGGAGUUAAAACUUUAUGCGUAAAAUAUCAGGGCGUGGCAUUCUUUUUGUAAUAAAUAAUAGAGUUGAGUGUGGUUUCACUGGUAUGUUUGUUGAUUUAUGUCCUAUGAGGCCCCUCAAACACGUAAUUACAUACAUGUAAUGUUUAUUUUACUAACUGUCAAACUUUUUUUAAUCACUUAACAAAAAUUGAUUAAAUAAAUGAAUUAUCAA